UAGUGUGUAAAAGAAAGCUGGAGAGUAAAAAGGAAGCCCUGCUGAUCCUCUCCAAGGAGCUGGACACAUGCCAGCAGGAAAGGGACCAGUACAAACUCAUGGCCAAUCAGCUGCGAGAGCGCCACCAGUCCCUGAAGAAGAAACACCGAGAGCUGAUCGAUGGAGAUCCAUCGCUUCCCCCUGAAAAGAGGAAACAGGCUAAUCUUGCACAGCUACUGAGAGAUUCUCAGGACCGAAAUAAACAUCUGGGAGAAGAAAUUAAAGAACUUCAGCAAAGGCUUGCAGAAGUCCAGGGUGACAAUAAGCUCUUGAGAAUGACAAUUGCCAAACAGAGGCUCGGAGACGAAGAAAUCGGCGUGAGGCACUUUGCGGCUCACGAGCGUGAAGACUUGGUUCGGCAGCUGGAGAGAGCUAAGGAGCAGAUCGAGUGUCUGGAGCAUGACCUGCAGGCCUCCGUGGACGAGCUGCAGGAUGUUAAAGAGGAGCGGUCUUCCUACCAGGACAAAGUAGAGAGGCUCAACCAGGAGCUGAACCAUAUCCUGGGCGGGCAUGAGAACCGGAUCAUCGACGUGGAUGCCCUCUGCAUGGAGAACAGGUACCUUCAAGAGAGACUAAAGCAACUUCAUGAAGAGGUCAACCUCCUGAAAUCAAACAUUGCCAAGUACAAGAAUGCCCUCGAGAGACGGAAAAACUCAAAAGGCCAGAGCAAAUCUAGCAGCAGCGCGCUGACCGGAGUCUUGUCUGCAAAGCAAGUUCAGGAUCUGUUAUCCGAGGACCACGGGUGCAGUCUCCCAGCAACUCCACAGUCCAUUUCCGACCUGAAGUCUCUGGCAACAGCCCUACUAGAGACAAUCCACGAGAAAAACAUGGUCAUCCAGCACCAGAGGCAGACCAACAAAAUCCUAGGGAAUCGGGUGGCUGAAUUGGAGAAAAAGUUAAGAACGCUGGAAGUUUCUGGUUUGUGGAGUCUUCCAGGCCUGAGCUACAAUGUUUCAGUAGGAUUCGGGAGGGGCAAGGACACCAUACUGUUCAGCGACCCCGCUGUUCCCACCAUACAAAGGUCAAGAUCUCCCCUGCUGAAGUUCAUCGAGCAGCCCGCUGAGAACAAAGCGAAUUCCAAGGACGGGCAGCUUCAGAAGCAAGAUCAAGAUGAAAGUCCUGCUGCCACCGAGGCGCUGACGACACCCGAGGGUGCCGGAAGGCCCGCCGUCAGCUCCCCAGCAAACCAGAGCCACGGGAACCAAUGCAACCGCUUUCAUCCUUCAUUACCCCAGGUACUGUCGGAGGAAGAGGAAAUAAACAGGCUUGGAAGGGAAAUCAUGAAACUGACAGAGGCACAGGCAACGGCAGAACCAGAAGGGGCCAGGAGAGCAGGGCCCGGGGAGGCUCAGAGAAACGAGAUGGGGACAGCCACGCUGGGCCUGACCUCCUUGAGGGAGGCCCCCAAAUCUUGCCAGGACCCCUUUGAGUCCAGCCAGGCAGCAGCCGAAGCCUCCGCCGCGGAGGAGGAUGGCAAGGAGGGUGCAGGCAGGAGGAGCCCCGUGAAAACAUGAAGGGAAAAGGGAUCCAGCGUGACGAGGCGUCAGAGGCCCAGGGGACGGUAAAGAACGAAGCAUCAGAACAGCUUCCGGAAGCGACUCUCUCCGAAAACACUUCCAAGUCUGCAAGCGAGAAGAGACACGGGUCCUGUUGCAAACUGAACAUUCUGAUGAUGCCAGCGCAGUGUGAUUUAUUAAAUGCAGGUCCUCAAGCUUCUCAGUGUCCUCUCUCUGCCGGAGCCGCGCUGCUGUGAACAUGGCCUGGCACAGAAUCGUGUCUGCCAUAUGGCUGGGAUUUGGCAUCCGUCUUUCUGUCGGCGUUGGUUUUAUUAGAGAUAAGAUGUUUUUCUAUUAGCAUUUAAUGUUGUCGAUCGAAAUUAUGGGAAGAGCUUGAAAGGGAUGGGGUUUUUAAUCAGGUCCCCGUCUUUGUAUCGGUUAGGCGGCUGGAGAGAAAGGUGUAAUUGAGCGUAAUGGGUCCACAGGGCCCACAGCUCCACUUCAUCAUGUCAGGGCCCCAUAAGGCCUCCCAGCAUGGGUGUUCUUGGCGCCCUGCCCACAACACUGUCUGUCAGGCACCGACUGGCAGGUGGAAAGGGGUUUAAGCAGGCUCAGAAGGUUGGGUUUCCGGUUUGAAAUCCACAGCCCCUGUUGAGACCUGUUUGCUGACUGCUAGAGCUGAGUUUUCCAGCCUGUAAUUCUGAAGGAUUAAUCGACCUGGACUGAUGGGGGAGGGGGGGAGAAAAGAAGGCAAGGAAGGGCACUCAGUGGUGUUUUGAUUUUUUGUUUCUGAGAUAAGAGCCAGAACCUGGAAAUGGUGGUUCUUUCCACUCAACCUGUGCAGCGUGUGGGGAUUUAUGGCCUUGUAGGGUUGGGGCAAGAUAAUCAGUUCCCUGUGCCACCUGAAACCUUGAACUCUUCACCCUGCCUCCUCUGCACUGCCCAGUACUGGGGUUUUAAAAACAAGACACAGAGCAUGUGGCCCUAUAGUGGAAAGAGAGGGGAAAACAAAAUAACAUUAUGACAGCCAGUUUAAGGGGACCAGGUACCAAGGCUGGGAAUGGAGGGGAUGCCACCCUCCUGGUUCCUUCCUAAGGGAUAAAAUGAACUCUCGUAGGCGGCAUCUAGAGCUGCGGGAAAUUAAAGGCUCAUCUAACAAUAGGCCUUUCUUUCGGCUGAACUCAGUGCAUUUCCCCAGAAAGGCCUGAUACCAGAUUCCAAAGCUCAAAACACGCCCCCGAGAACCAGAAUCACUUCUUGGAGAGGCUCUCCUGCAGGAAAAAGAGAGGCUCCAAAGGUGGGAAAGUUGAAAAUUCAUCCGAAGUAUCAGCUGUGGAUAGCACGCUUGUGAUUCCAGGUGUGAGACCUGCCCACCCCGAUAUCCCUGUUGCACUCAUCUGUGACGCUCCUCUGUUGCACUGUGCUUGGUCUUCACCUGCAGGAGAGCAAGCGUAGGCAAGAAGGUCCUGGGGAGGGGUGGGGGGUGCCUGGAUGGACCUCCAGUUGCUUUCUUCCCGCUUGCUGGAGGUCAACUCAGUGGUGGAAGAGGGGCGUGGCCAAAUCCAGGCUCUGCAGCUCCUGCGCACAGGAGCUGGGAUCUGCACACACCGUCUGCCCCUGCCCGGCAGGCCCCGGUGUCCCAUUCAUCCUCUGCGCUUCAGCCCCUCCCCGCUCUCUAGACCCACCCCCUCAACUCCCUCCCCAGGGAGGUCUCAGCUGCAGCUGCGCAGAUCUUGCACAGGCCAGCAGCCACAGAAAUAAUUUUCCUGCUGCACUAGGCCUUAACUAUCUGCAAAUGUUCAACACGACCGCACCGUACGCCAGAGCCACCAAAGGAAAACACAGCCGGGUUUAAUACAAUAAUAAGAAAAAGAAAAAUCUCUCCCCACGGAAGCUCUGGUUUUGACGCAUGGUCAGCCAGGUGCACAUCUUUAGGGACCACUCAAUCACCUUCUGGAAAGUAGGGCUAAUAAUAAACUCCAUCCUGUUCCAUCAGGGGCAGGGAAACUCUGUGAGUCCCAGAGAGAGGGAGGUUGAGGGGCGGAGGUCAGAGGGGCUGAUAAACCAAACUGUGCUGCAGUCGGCCUGGGAGGGUUUUGUGUUGAUAGAUGGAAUUGGAGCCAACGAGUUGAUCCUCUCACAUGUGUAACCUUGACAAUGCCCCCUACACGCAUAUGACGCUACCCCACCCCUGCCGCUCUAGCCCAACAUGGUUCUCCUGUUCCACGGACAUUAAAGAGGGUUUCUGCAAUUA